AUGUUUGGAUACCUAGUGCUUUCUGUUUUCUUAGCUACUGCUACAGCGGAACCACUUCGCAAAUUCCCGGACCUAAAUCCAAUCACCCCAAAUGGACGCAUCGUAGGUGGUGAACCAACAACCAUUGAAGCUGUUCCACACCAGGUUUCUCUUCAAGCUUAUGGAUUCAGUUACUGUGGAGGAAGCAUUGUUUCCGAAACUUGGGUUUUGACCGCUGGCCAUUGCACAGUGAGUUAUCCAGCUAAGUGGAUCAGCGUUCGAGCUGGAACCACACACUUCAGUUCAGGAGGAACUGUUCAUCCAGUUGCGAAAGUUGUCAGACACAAAAAUUACAGGACGAACUUGUAUGGUGUUCCUGAAAACGACGUAGCAUUAUUGCAGCUGAAAACACCCUUUGAGUUGGGAACAUCACGUCAACCAAUUGCUAUCUUUGAACAGGACGAGGAGGCUGUCGAAGGUUCAUUGGCAACAAUCACUGGAUGGGGUGCCGUUAGAGAAGGAGGUAGCAUUUCUAAUCAGGAACAACGACGUGUACGUAGUAAAUUCUGUUCGUAUUUGGGUGGUAAGGAUUCCUGUCAAGGUGACUCUGGUGGCCCCUUGGUUGUUAAAGGACGUCUUACUGAUAAAGUUUCUUGGGGAUAUGGUUGUGCUCUGCCGAAAAUACCAAGAGCAAUUCUCUAUGAUCCAUGUACGAUAGGUUGCGACUUUAGUAUAGGCUCCUGGAUAUCCAGGUCGAGCACAUCCAUUGCCCCACGAAACGAUUCCAAUGAACCAACAACCAUUGAAGCUGUGCCACACUACGUUUCUCUUCAAGCUUAUGGAUUCAGUUACCGUGGAGGAAGCAUUGUCUCCGAAACUUGGGUUUUGACCUCGGGCCAUUGCACAGUGAGUUAUCCAGCUAAGUGGAUCAGCGUUCGAUCUGUAACCACACACUUCAGUUCAGGGGGAACUGUUCAUCCAGUUGCAAAAGGUAUCAGACACGAAAAUUACAGGAGUAACUUGUAA